GCGUCCUCCCCCCGCGCCGCGACUGGACCCCCUCGGCCUCGGCCCUCCUCUCUGCCCCUCUGGAGCCAUUUUGGCUCGAGGGCGGGUCGCCGCGGCGGUCGCCGCGGCGCCAGCUGGGCCGGCGGAUGGCGCUGCUUCCAGACAAGAGCCCCCGGUUCCCAGCUCCGGCGCCCGACGCCCCAGACCCGGGGCCCGGCGCGUAUUUGGGUUCGUUCCCGAGGGGCCCGGCCGAGCGCGUGAAGGGGGGCCCCGUGUCGCGGUCGAAGAGGCAGCCGAUCAGCAGGUGGAAGACCAAGCUGAACACGCCCGGCCCCGGCGCGUACGCCCCCGGCGACCCCGAGCCCGACCUCCCGGGCCUCGCCGCGCCGGCCUGGCGGAGCCGGCCGGGGCCCGGCCCGGACCCCCUGGGCCUCAGCUCGUGCUCCUUCCGGAGCAGCUGCAGCAGGAUCUCCCAGGACAACCUGAAGGAGCCGCUCCUCGUCCCGGGGUCCACCCACUUCCAGCCAGCGAAGUCGGCCGACAACCCCGGGCCCGGGACCUACGAGUCGCCUGGGCAGCUGGGCGGCCAGACCUGGUCCUACCCGCCCCCGUUCAAGCCCCCGCUGAUGAGGUCGAAGUCGGCGCCCUCGAUCCAGACACUGAAGAAGGAGAUCCACUACACGGGCAGGAGCGACAACGUGCCCGCCCCAGGGGAGUACGACACCGAGCUGGCGGACGGGGCCCUGAAGAGCGCGGUCCGCACGGACGGCCCCUCCCCGGACUUCCAUGCCAGCAGUUCGAAGAGGAACCUCUUCCCGGGAGUGGAGGGCCCCGGCCCGGGGGCCUACGAGUCGAAGAACCUGACGUCGAAGGGGACGUCGCACCCGUUCGCGUCGCAGACGCAGAGGUCUCCCGUCGCGAAGGUCGGCUCGGAGCUGACUCCCGGGCCGGAGACCGCCUUCGCUCCCCAAGCUGAGAGGCGGGAGAAGUGUUUCUCGUCGUACCGCUCCGCCGUGCCGCGGGAGUUGCAGACCAACCUGAGCUUGCCUUUCACACAGCCAGAGCACUACGUUGUUCCAGGAUUGGCCGAUUGGAAGGGGAUGGGGAGGAGGACGGGCAAGAG